GAUAGACACCAAUAAAUUGGGAUCGUCAAGUAUAUAUUCCAUUUUUUCUAUUCAUUUGUUGAUGUCUAUGCAUGUUUUGAUAUUGAAUGAGAGUCAUAUCUGCUAGAUAUUACUAUUAGAUAAUAAUAAUAAGAAUAUUUUUAAUUAUUGGUUUGGUAUACAGUUUUAUAUUUACCCGUUGUUUGUUACUUCAAAAUUACAGCACACACAAUAGCACAUCCUCACCGUCGAAAGAAAAAAACACUCCAACACUCUCUCAAUUUAAGCACACGAACACAAAUGAUACACAAUUUGACGAUGACAUGGUUCGAUGUCAUCGUCGACACCCUGCAUUUAUGGAGAACACCAUGCAAAUAUUCGAGUCAGCCAUGCCAAGAUCGAACCUUAGACAAUGGCACACCUGAAUCAAAAUGGGGGAUGAUGUUGGUUGUCAUCGCCUAUCAAAUACAUAGCGCUUGAUUCAUAAUUCAUACAAUUCGUCUUGUGCUGGCCUUUAGUAUACAUCUUUUUAUAAAAAGGUGCUCUCGAUGUGGUGUAAAGCUUCAUGUAAUACGGUUUCCACUGAACGUCCUUUAAUGUAUUCAUGUCAUUUUUUUCGAUUUCUGUUUCGACUCCCUGUUUUGUGUUGCUUGGAGCUCCUCUUUCUCCUUUCGCUGUCACUUUUGGAUUUAUCGUCUAGUCCGAUUCUCACCUUGUUGUUCUUGAGUCUGAACGCGUUUGAGAUAUAAAAAGCAAUGCCCUUAGUCUUUGCCAAACCCCCCAAGCAACACAGAACAGGGAGUCGGUGACAUAAUUACCGACUCUCAAAAAGCCCGUCUACUGGAGGACCAAUGAUCGAGGUCAUCCAGAUCAACCUUCAUCGGAGCGAGACGGCAACCUUGGCUCUGAUGAAACUAAUAAAUUCAGGUAAGAUUAACAUUGGUUAAUUUAGAAACCUUGGACAGUUCAGAACAAGGUCUCUGGACUAAACCAUAUUAACUACCAACUAUUCUAUGCCAAUACAGGGUCUCGACUGAGAACUUGUAUAAUAUGUCACAAAAACUUAUGUUUUAUUUUCUCCUCAGAGUUGUCAACAUCGAACGCAAGAGUACUAAGGCAGGGGAAUGGAAACAGAUACCUAGCGUCAGUAUACCUGCCGACAUUACCACCUACGUCGGAACUGCAAAAACUGAUUUUAAUAAGCACUCAGGCUCUGGGCAUAAAUAUUGCAAACAGAAACGUUGCUCAAGGCCGGUUUUUGGACAUCACGGACUUAGGCACAAUGGAUACUUCAAUGGGGUUUGGUGUUGGAUGGACACAUCACAGGCUGGACUAAAUUUGCCUCCGUUCCAGUUGUCAGUUCACUUUACUUGGAUUAAACCUUGCCUUGGCAACAAUUCAUUCCGCCAAGGAAUUCAGCAUAAAUUUUUGGCUAAGCUCCACCGUUCGUAGAAUCGGAGGGGCAGAGAUGGUUUUACGGUUGGUGUACAUUUUGGCUUUGCGUAAACAAUAUACAAAAGGACACACAAACAUUUAAACACCAUUAAUAUAAUACAAUACAACACAAUACUCACUUAAACUUGUUCGCACAAACGCAUUCACACACAACAAUAAAACACAAGUGUUAAUUAAACGCAAAAACAAAAUUUAGUUUAAUUUUUUUGGGAGAUUUUCUUUAAAUAUAUUUUAAUUAGCAAACAAAAAUGUGUUCUUUGCUAAUUCAACAAACAAACUGCCUCGAUUUUCCCCCGUUAUGCCUUUUAUAUGGCUGCAGCCAUUUCAAAUUUUCCGGGAUUCUCGCGCAAUUUUCCUGAUUCAUCAAAUAAUAUUUAUCGUACUUACUGAGCCCUACAUUAGAGUUGUAUUUCUCGGGUUUAUA